AUGAACAGCCACGAGCACCCCCCUCGGGCGGGAGGAUCGCAGCGGACGCGUUUCGCUCCUUCACGAUACACCACCAUCUGGGACAAGGUGAAGCAAUCCCUCAAACCCCCUUCCCAUCCCUCUACUACCUCGGAAUCGGCGGUCGACUCGUCCUUCAACAUGACGGACCAGGUAUACCUGGAAAGCGAGCACGGGCGGGUCAGCGGACCGACUCUGGACCUCCUCAACCCAAAUGCGGGUACCACCAGCCGGCACAAGAAGCAGAUCCGUCGUCGGCCGAAAUCAUCAGUGGCGAACUCGACGAGUCGGUACGGGGAUGACGAGGAUCUCAAUGCGAAUCCGCACGAUCCGUUCGGGCACGUCGUGGUGGAGAAUGACUUUGACCACUUUGUGCCGGGUGCGGCAAAGAGCGAGUCGGGGAGUACAAAUCCGGGGACGGGCGGACAAAGAUCGGGGACGGGAUUGUUUUCGAGGACGUCCAAGGGGGAUGGGGACGACGAAGAGGAUGAAGACGAGGUGAAGGAUACGCGCAGUGAGAUGGGGAGUAUAAGGAGGGACAGGAGGCAGAUCUGGGUGCAAAGGACGAGGGUGUAUGAGUUUGUGGUGGACAGGUGUUGGCCGAAUCUCAAGCACUUUUUGGAUUCGGCAUUCCCAGAGCCAAGUAAGGAGCGGUCAUUCCAGAAGGAGACAUGGUUCAUGAACAAACCCGCCGCGCUCGCUUCUUCGACCUACUUUCUCAUCGCUUGGGUCCUUACCGUCUCGCUACUACCCACGCCCCUGGGCAACUUCAACUGGGGAGUCUAUGUCGCUGCUGCCGGUUUCCUCACCAUUCCUAUCUUCUUCAUGGUCGCGCUCGACUACCCACGCCGCCUCCCAUCAGUCUAUCAACCUUUCCUCGCGGGUGCAACCUGGAUCCUCGCCGAUAUUCUCGUCAUCGAGAUGCACGUCUGCGGCUUCUUCAGCAAUGACAACCAAUGCGGCAGCCGGAACUUUCUCAACACAUUCGCGUUCGCGUACGGCCAGCCUACCCUCGCUGUCUUUGCGCUGAAACAGGGCCGGUCAUUCGCUGUGAUGGGGGCGGUCCAGUGGAUGGUCCUGGUCGGCGCACUGUUGAUGACGGAGGAGAACUACCCGGUCCUCUUUUACCGGAAUAUCGUCAUGUUCUGCUUCUUCCACGCCUUCAUCAUCGGCACUUCAUUCCUCAAGGAACGGUCCGACCGCCAGAUGUUUGCACUGCGCCAACAGCUCAAGAUCCAAUAUCGGGCCACCCAGUCCGCCCAGGUUCUGGAGCGCCGGUCGGCCGAUUCGAAGAAACGAUUCGUUUCGUACAUUUUCCACGAAGUGCGAGUACCGCUCAACACGGCGUUGCUGGCGGUGCAGAACUUGGAAGGUGAGAAUGUCUUUGGAGGGCUGGAGGAGGAUCAGUCAGAGAUGGUACAUGGGUUGAUGGGGAGUCUGACCAUGAUGGAGAAGGUUUUGAAUGAUGUUCUAUCGUUCAACCGGAUGGAAAGUGGGAAAUUCACCCAAGCGCGCAAACCUUUCGACUUUCACAAGAGCAUCCAGCUCGUUGCGCUCAGUCAUCGGAUGCAGGCGCACUCGGCGGGUAUCGAGCUUAUCGUGGAGCUGGAUAAGGAUAUUGAUCGGAUAGGGGGGACGUUUGUGGGGGAUGAAAUGAGGUUGAGGCAGGUUACGAGUAAUCUCGUGUCCAACUCUAUCAAAUUCACCGAAAAGGGUUCCGUCCGAAUCGUCACUAAGCUCUUGUAUCCUCGAUUCGAGCCUACUCCUUCGGUCGAACGUGAUGACCCGCUCAAUAUCGCCGCCGACAAUGCCCAAUCAAUCAAACAUGUGGAUGGCAAUACCGAGAAGAUUGAGCAUGUGGUGGAUCUGGAGAAGGGGUCGGUGGCGGUCGAAGCGCAGCGGCAGAAUCGUGAUUCGAUGGGUGAAAAGGCGCAAGCGCCGGCGCCGGAGGAGCGGAGGAGGGAGAAGGCGGUUGUGAGGGUCGAGAUCCACGAUACCGGCGUCGGACUCAAGAAGCAGGAUGUCAUCGAUAAUCGACUCUUCUCGCCAUACGUCCAAACGGAGAUUGGACGGCGACAAGGCGGGAAGGGGUCGGGACUGGGCCUGGCGCUUGUCCGCCAGAUCGUCAAGCUGUCGGAUGGUCGACUGGGCGUCGAAAGUCAAUUCGGCAAGGGCUCGAUGUUCUGGUUUGAACUACCCUACUCUAUCCCUUCGAAACGGAGAGAAGCGCUUCCAGUGGGCAUCAGCCUCCUCGGCUCGCCCAAACCAGAACGGACCACUCCGAGCGUGCGCCAAAAUCCAACAUUACCGCCUUCCGGUCUGAGCAGCUCCUACAUCCCCUCCACCCCCGGUCUGACUACGGCCAGCCAACCUACCUCGAUCCUCCAAAACCCCUCGACCCAUUCGAAUUCUUCGCCUCAACCCCCACCUGUCCGAGCGGUCGAUUUCCAGCCUCCACCGGAACGUCCCGCACUCACCAUCACAGAAUCGGAGCUCCCCCUUCUUCCUGACUCGCACGGCGGGGCGCGUCCGGUACCUACCGAAGAAAUCAUAGCGUCGACUUUCCCAUCGACGUAUACGGAAGGAUAUACGCCCGGCCGGACACCCAUCUCGCCUGAGAUCAGGGGUGAUGCGGACCCGUUCGAGUCGGCUCGUCCGGUCUUGCAGCGCGGAUCGAGCGAUUCGGGGCGGACAAAGACGGAUAGUCCGCCCAUGGCCAGGCCGGGAUUGCCGGAGACGGCAGAGGUGGCCGUGGCGGGUCCGUCGGCGCCUACCUCGGCAGCUCCAGCUCCGGCGGCGGCGGCGGCCGCGGCCGGGGCGAGGAUGGGCGUGGAUGUGCCAAAUACGCCAGGGACAGGAGAGGGGCCGCUCUGCCUCUUGGUGGUCGAUGAUGACAAGUUGACCCGGAUGCUCAUGUCUCGAAUGCUGAGACGGCUGGGGCAUCAAGUGACGACGGCGGAGAAUGGAAAGGUUGCGCUGGAGAUGUUGACGGACUGCUUUGAGGGUAAAGCGGGGGUCCCGAAGUUUGAUAUGGUGUUUUUGGACAACCAAAUGCCAAUCAUGUCGGGCGUCGAAGUAGCAGGCCACGUCCGCGACCUCGGCCAACACAUCUUUAUCGUCGGCUGUACCGGUAACGCAUUGCGGGAAGACCAAGAAGAGUAUAUCGCGGCGGGUGCGGACGAUAUUCUGACGAAACCGAUCCAUCAGAAGAACGUGGUGGGGAUGAUUGCGGAGGCGAGGAAGCGGAUAGCAGGGGAGACCAAGUGGGUUGCUGGGGCGGCAUUGGGGGAUCGGAGGGGGAGUGCGUCCCUGGACUAA